GUAAUUUCCGUUUUGAUUCGGUAAUUUCCGCUUAAUCUCCUUCCUGUGUUGAUCCCCCGUCCCCGGCAAAGGCACUCGGAGGCCAUUAUCCUGCAACCAUUCUUUUCUUUCAUACCCGAAGAAAUAAUUCAAUAAUUUAAUAAUUUCAUUAUUUAUUCGUGCAAGUUGACUAAGCUCUCGCUGGACACCUGCAGCUUUCCAAAUCGCGAGGGACGCGCGCCUCGCCUCGUCAAUCCUUCGGAAAGUUUCGGCUGCGUUCGUGCCCCGCUGUUGUGAAAUGGACGCGUCUGAACCUGCGGCGAAAGCGCUGCAGCUGGGCGACGCGUCUGCGGGAGAGACGGCGGGCUCGGAUACCGAAUCGGAGGCCGAAGUCGCCACGAUGACUGUGAUGGGAGAAGCGGCAAACAUCGACAUCACCGAAUCCCUGCCGAACCCCGACGACGGCGAAACCGCGUUUGCAGAGGUGACAGCCGUCACUGUUGGGGACGUCCAGAGUUCAGAUGAGACUGUCUUCACCUCCACAGUGGCCUCAGCAGUGUCCAUCCCUCGACACAUGCUCACCGGCAGAACUACGCUGCAGAUCGGUGACAGUCUGAGUACCCAGAAGGCCACGCUGAUCGUGGUGCACACGGAUGGGAGCAUCGUCGACGCCACAGGGCUGAAGGGAACCGCCACACCUAUGACACCUGGCCCUCAGACCCCGAGCACCCCUCUGAUGUCUGGACAUGUCUCCAAGUACAACUGGGAUCCGUCGGUUUAUGACAACGAGCUUCCGGUCCGCUGCAGGAACACCAGCGGGAUCCUGUACAAAAACAGACUGGGCUCAGGGGGAAAAGGCCACUGUAUCAAACACAACAACAACUGGUACACCCCGACUGAGUUUGAGGGUAUGUCAGGGAGAGCGAGCAGCAAAGACUGGAAGAGAAGCAUCCGCUACGCUGGCCGACCUCUACAGUGUCUCAUUCAGGAGCGUAUCCUAAACCCUCAUGCAGCGUCCUGUACGUGUGCGGCCUGCUGUGAUGAUGUGUCAACACUGAGUGACAUGUGUACGAAGGAGGGAUCUUUCGGAGGAGAGAACAUUUCGAUGACCGGCCCCGUCAGACUGUUCGUCCCUUAUAAAAGAAAGAAGAAGGACAGCGAGCGGGCAGCUUCUCCAGAGAAGAAGGAAGUUCAGUCUCCAAAGAACAUCACCCUGGGUCCUGGAGCAACAUUUACAGUGACUCCAUCCGGACAGAUCACCACAUCAGGCACGCUGACCUUUGACCGAACAGCGUCAGGAGAGACGGCGUCCAUCAUCUCCGACAGCCCAGCGCCCGCAGACGUCUUCACCAACACAACCAUGUUCACCAGCCUUCCUGCGCUGGCAGUGGUGCAGUCUAAACCCUCUCCAUCCGGUCCGAUCACGAACGGGCUGGAGACGGCUGAGCAGAGCACCUGGCUUUAUCUGGAGGAGAUGGCCAAUACGCUGCUCAACAACGCACAGCAACUCAAAGUCCUCAUCGCACAGGCCAAACAAAGCAGUCAGAGCGGCGCGCAUGCCCCCAUCAGCCCCGAGAAAAACAGCAGCAUCAGAAAAGAGUCCUUUCAGAGUCAGCUGUCACUCAGUGAAGAACCCGGGCGGAAAAUCACUCAAAUUAUCAUCCAGCACACAUGUGUGAACUGCGGUCGAGAGGCAUCCAGUGAGUGUGCGGGCUGCCAUAAAGUCCAUUACUGCUCUGGCUUCUGUCAGCGGAAGGACUGGAAGGAGCAUCAGCUGAGCUGCUGUCCCCCGGGCACGACGCUCAGCAUUCAGGAAGACGCUCAGAUGACUGGUGUGGAGGUGGAGAAAGGGAAGGCCUAGGACUGAGACGUAUGAGGUCUAGAUGGGUGUUCACUUCCGUUAAUGUGUUUUAGUUUAACUAUAAAGCCUCGUUGUAGCAGCCCAUUACACACUGUGACAUAUAGGGCAUACAUGGAUGACGUCUGUACUUUCUGUAUUAUUUGAGCGGUUUCACUCUCUCACUAUGGAUUUGAUAUGUGAAUAUAAUCCUUGAAGUGGUAGUUCCCCAAAAAUCAUUUACUCACCCUUAUGUUUUUCCAAGACUCUAUGACAUUUUGAACACAAUGCGUUGUGUACAGGCUCACAAUUUCCGUAAAAUUAACAGUUUUUAAGCUCCUAAAAGGAAAAAUGAAAACACAGAAGUAAUCCACAUGAAAUAUAG